AUAUGGUUUCUAUGAAAGCUUGUAUUAAAAUCUGUGGUUCUAAAUUUGAAGCCUCAUAAAUAUUAGUCAUUUUUACAUGCAUAUAUUAUAGAUAAAACAAUAAAAACAUUAAAUUUACUAUAUGUUGACAAGAAAAAAAAAGAAUUAAAUCUACUGUAUUUGUAUUUGAUAAGUGAAGUUACCUAAUAAUAGAAAAUAAGAGAGAAGAGUAUAAUAGUUUUUUUAAAAUUUAAUUUGUAGAAAAAUAUGUUAUUGGUCAGAAGAGAGAGGCAAUGUGUGAACCUUUUUUAAAAAGUGAGUGUUUGGAACAUGAGACAGAAAAACUGCUUUUUGCACAAAAAUACAAAAAAAAAAUCAAAUAUGCAGUUGCUCUGCCUUUUACUUUUAGAAACAGAAAAAUAGUGAAUAGAAAUUCAAAAACAGUUCUUAUGCACCACGUAUGAUAUGUCCUUGUCCUCCCAUUCAUGACCUAAAUCAUUUGUAAUGUAAUCAAGGCUGAGUUUAUAUAUUGACUUUAGACCAAUAUUAAGCAAACCAGGAAAUAAUAAGAGGAGGUAACAGAACAUUUAAAAAUGUCCAAAAUGGUUGAAAUUGAAUCAUGAAAAUGAUGGUCCGAACCCGUCUUUACCAUCAUUGUGAUCUGUAUAGAUGUCGUUGAUGGCCUUUUACUAGCUCCCUCAUUUCGAAUGACGAAAUUAUCCUUCCUGACUACCUCAUCCAUACUACACAAACACCCUUGGGAGUUGGGACUAGGUCCCUUGUAACGAGUCUUCUUCCGUUUAGAGGAUGAAUACGAUGAAAAGCUGAAAAUGCUUGAAAAGGGAUUUUUUGGAAGUUACUAAAAUACUCCUAGAGAUCAAUUUCGAAAAGAGAGCAAGCAAAGCGUGAAACCUCUCUCUAACUUCUUUCUCUUUAAUAAAUCAUCAUCAUUCACAUGACGCAAUAUGCACACACAUCUCUCUCUUCUUGCGGCCGCCAUGUAUGUAUAAACACAACACAAUUGCAUGAUCGUUGUGUCAGGAGAGAGAUAAAUAACCUUCUCUCUAGCUUUUGGGGAUCUAUAUAACAGACAGUGCCUCACUUUGUUCUCUUUGUCCCUCUACCUUUCAUACACACACGUAGUACCAUCUCUCUCUCUUCUGCCUCGCAAACACUCCUUCCCAAAAGAAAGAAAGAAAUAAAGCAAUGGAGAGGCUGAACUCGAAGCUGUAUGUGGAGAACUGUUACAUAAUGAAAGAAAACGAGAGGCUAAGGAAGAAAGCUGAGCUUCUGAAUCAAGAGAAUCAACAACUUUUGUUUCAGCUCAAACAGAGACUCUCCAAAACUAAGAACCCUAAUGGUUCAAACAAUGACAACGAUAUCUGUUCAUCAAGCUCUGCUUCUGGAAAAUCCUGAAUUAAAAGAUCUGACAUUGGUAGAAGAAAAAACUCAACCCGAAGGAUCUUUUGUUGUUGUUGUUAUUUGGUGUAAUGUAGGGAAGGUAGUGGUGUAUCCAGUAGUUUGUUCUGAAAAGAAGAUUCUGUUUUAUUACAAGACGACAGUGUCUCUCUGUUGGUCUUCUCACUCGCAUUCACUUUUAUUUCUAUUUUCUACGUUAACUAAAGAUCUUUGCUUU